UUGACGAGGUUCAGAAGAGGAAUUCGCUGAAGCAGACGCGCUGUGGAGGCCAGUGUGUGGUCCCGUAACCACAAAUUCAUGCCAUCGCCGUUAAUUCGAGUGUCCGGUUAUUCCAAACUGGAUUCCGAACAUUCAAUAAAUUAAUAGAAAACUAGUCCAGCCGAAUCCGAGCCGGAUUACCGCACAACGCAUGACCUUGCAUUGAAUGUCAUUAUAGACGGAUUUUUUUUUAAAGCACCGACACGGUCCUCAGCUGCAGCCAUGGAGAUUGUCACUCAUUUAAUAAAUGACACCAUAGAGUUCUACAAAUGGACUUUAACCAUUGCAGACAAGCGGGUGCAGAAAUGGCCCCUGAUGGACAACCCCCUGCCCACACUGGCCAUCAGCACCUCCUACCUGCUGUUCCUCUGGCUGGGACCCAAAUACAUGAAGAACAGAGAGCCCUUCCAGCUCCGCAAAACGCUCAUUGUCUACAACUUCAGCAUGGUCUUUCUCAACUUCUUCAUCUUUAAAGAAUUGUUUAUGGCAGCGCGGGGAGCAAACUACAGCUACAUUUGUCAAUCUGUGGACUACUCAGAUGACCCCAAUGAAGUCAGGGUGGCAGGAGCUCUGUGGUGGUAUUUCGUCUCAAAGGGCAUUGAGUAUCUUGACACGGUGUUUUUCAUCCUGAGGAAAAAAUUCAACCAGGUCACUUUCCUGCACGUCUACCACCACUGCAGCAUGUUCACGCUCUGGUGGAUCGGCAUCAAAUGGGUGGCAGGAGGACAGUCAUUCUUCGGUGCACACAUGAACGCAGCAAUCCAUGUCUUGAUGUAUCUGUAUUAUGGCCUGGCCUCUUGUGGACCUAAGAUCCAAAAGUAUCUGUGGUGGAAGAAAUACUUGACUAUCAUCCAGAUGAUCCAGUUCCACGUCACUAUCGGCCACACUGCCUUGUCCCUCUAUGUCAACUGUGACUUCCCGCACUGGAUGCACUACUCCCUCAUCUGCUACGCCGUCACCUUCAUCAUCCUCUUCGGCAACUUCUACUACCAGACCUACCGCCGCCAGCAGCCCAGACGCGACGCUUCCUCCUCCUCUUCCUCCAAAGCCAGCAAGGCCAUCUCAAACGGCUCCCUCAACGGGCUCAGCAAGGCCGCCAACGGAGCCGCCGUGACGGGGAGUAAAGAGGAGAAGCCCCAGGAGAACUCAGGGAGGAGGAAGAGGAAAGGGAGAGCUAAAAGAGAUUAGAUGGAGAGAGGGGAGGAAGGGAGGUAGAGGUGAGGAACUUGAUUUGGGUUCUAGGUUUAUUAUGUUACAAUAUGAAAGACUUAAUUUGAUGAAGAUUUAAGUGGAUGGAUGCAUUGAGGUAUGUCUAUUUAAGCCAUGAUCUAAGUUGUUGUAGAUAAAACAUGAGACAGAUCAUUCUGUAAGUAGGUGGUGUCAGUGGUCAUUGCUAAGAUGGCAGAAAUUACCCAAAAACACAAAGUGUACGGUACAGGAUAGAUCUUAGUAUUCCUUGUCUUCAUUGUGGUGCCAAGUACUGUAGAUCGGGUUCACAAAGUGACUUUCAGCUCGUAAAUACAACCUGAAAAUGAAACAGAGUUUUUCAGGCUCAUUUGGGCAUGCUGGGAAAGCUCCAUUAAAAUGUGACUGAGCUGCUUAAAAACAUGAAACAUCAAUAUUAGCAACCACUGCUGUGCUGCUGAGACAGGGAUACACAUCAUAACACACGCUAAAGUGUGUCAAUGGAUAUUUGAACAGAUUUCUGUUGUUGUUCACCUUAACAGAUAUAAAACGGAUGAUAAUGUACAGUAUCAUAUCUUUUCUUUUUUUUUGUCCUCAUUUCACCCAUGUUGUUGUUGUUGAUGUUGUGUGCGAGAGACUUCAGUUUACAGAACAUGAAUAUGGAGUUGUCUUAUUUAUUUUUGAUUUAUUCAAAGUCGUGGACUCACUUACUUUGUGUGUUUACCAAACAGGGCACAGUAACGUUCUAAAGAUGGAAAAAAUAAUCAAUAUUCAGAUGUAAGAUGUACAUAGAAAUAGAAGAAGAAAUCGAUUUCUGACCCUUUGAGACUUGGGGUGGACUUGUUUCAUUGCUUGAUGGAAAAUCACCAACUGUAGCUGAAAGCAGGUAAAUGUGAAGAAUUUCUAUUUCUGCAUAAAGCUGUUACACUUUUUUUUUUUUUUUUUGAUGUUUCUGGUUAUAUGUAAUGCAAUGCUGUUUCAUUAAUAUGCAGAGGAAUGAUGGAUUAUCUCAAUGUUUCCUUCUUUGACAGAGAGGCUUUAAAGAAGUUUUGGGAGCUGUUUACCUGUUAACCUUUUUUUUAAUUCUCUCCUCGCUGCUGAUUGUUGUUGUUUGUCUGACAUGCUGGUGAAAAACGUGUGCUGAACAAUGAGCUAAUGAUGUGCAGCUGAGUUCCCCUGUGUAUUUACCCACAUGGCAGCCAAUUCUUUAUCAAGUUAAGUAAAGCUCAGACACCCUUUUCUUUCCAUUGUCAAUCAAAUAUCUUUUGGUGUCUUACAUUUCAGGCUUUACCUUGAGUCCUGAGCUUGCUUGAAUGUAAAUGUAUCAGGGGACAUUUUGGAUUUAAAAAGAGAGAGAGAGAGCUGUUGGACCUCCAUGGACUGAAGGAUAACUUUGCUCUGUCUGUAGUAUAAAAGGUACAUAACUGGUCAGCUCUUUUACAGCAUAAACUCAGCUUUAUGUCCUCCAUUAACCAAAUGCAUUCAGUGUUAUUUACUGGCUCUUUCUAUUUAUUUAAUGUAAAUACCAAUCCACAUCAACUGGGAGUGCUUGUCUGUGUAUUAUGUGUUCUUUUUUGUGUUUUACAUAUUACAUUGUGAUAUUUUGUACACUGCGCAUUUGGGAUCGUUCCCAGCUUGUUAGCUCGGACAGUUAUACGUCCACAUUGCUUCUGUGUUUUUUUGUUUUUUUAAAGGAUCAUAACUUUGAACUCUCUUCAACAUUAAAUUAAACUGAAUGCCUCUAAAUGUG